GCUGCAUUUUCUGAUGUGUUAAUCCAGUAUUUGCAUUUACACCUAUUUCCUUCUAAGCCUAUUAUUACCGAGCUACACAUCCACUGUUUGUGCGUCCUGUAUCCUGGUAUCCUGGUAUCGAGGUGCCUUAUUUAAGAGACAAUGAGUGCAGAUGAGAUUAAAGCAUUGGUCUUUGACAUUGGCUCAAGUUCAGUGCGUGCUGGAUAUGCAGGAGAAGAUGCCCCACAGGUAGACAUUCCUUCGACAAUCGGAGUGAUUGCGGACAGGAAAGAUGGUCGCACACCUAAUGGCGAUCAAAGCAAAUAUUAUAUAGAUGCCAGCGCACUCAAUGUACCAAAAGAAAACAUGGAGGCCUACUCACCAUUCAAAGAUGGAAUGAUUGAAGACUGGGAUGGUUUUCAAACGAUUCUUGACUAUACAUACAAGAUGAUUAUCAAGUCUAAACCAAGAUUAUGCCCAACAGUGAUGUCAGAAGUAGCAUGGAAUGCUCAAGACAAACGUGAAAAGCUAAUGGAGCUGAUGUUUGAGCAUUAUGAAGUUCCUGCAUUCUUCCUUGGUAAAGGUCCAUCUCUCGUAGCAUUUGCGAAUGGUCGCACCACAGGGCUUGUAUUGGACAGCGGUUCUAAAUAUACAGCAGCUGUUCCUGUUCGGGAUGGAUAUGUUAUUCAGAAAGGGAUUGUGAAAUCACCCCUGGCAGGCGACUUCAUUACAGAACAAUGCAGACAUUUUUUUAAAGAAAGGAACAUAGAUAUAAUACCACCUUACAUGAUUGCGUCACAGGAGUCAGUGAGAGAAGGGGAACCCGCCAUUUGGGAGCAAAUAGCGCCACUUCCCCAGGUGACACAAUCCUGGCAUAAUUAUAUGUGUGAUGGUGUAAUACAGGAUUUUAAGGCCUCUGUUCUCCAGGUUUCAAAAACCAAAUUUCAUGAAAAGAUAGCAGCUAAGGAACCAGAUGUUCAUUAUCAGUUUCCCAAUGGCUACAACUGUAAGUUUGGAACAGAGCGCCUUCAAAUCCCCGAAGGACUGUUUGAUCCCUCUAAUGUAAAAGGCCUGUCUGAUAAUAACAUGCUCAGUCUCACCGAUGUUGUGAUACAAAGUAUUGAACUGUGCGAUGCCGAUAUUAAAAAGGCAUUAUAUAGCAGCGUGCUGGUGACUGGCGGCAAUUCCUUAAUAGAAGGAUAUACAGAGAGACUAAGAAAAGACCUGUUUUCGAAAGUGGCUCAGGAAAUGAAUCUAAAAGUGUUCUCCAAAAAACCCCCAGUGGAAAGGAAGAAUAAUGUAUGGUUUGGUGGAUCUACUCUUGCUGCUUUGCCAUCCUUCCCACAACUGUGCAUUUCAAAACAAGAAUAUGAAGAAGGAGGAAGACAGUGCUUGGCGAAAAAAUGCCCAUAGUAUCUUCCAAGAAUAUGAUUUUUUUUUCCCUGCUCAUUUUUAACACUAUGCUAAGAUUCUCUACAAACAUAGUGCAAUAUAGCUGUAAGCUUAUCUUCAAAAUCGACUGUGUUGCUUUGUCCUUAGGUUACUUUGUAAUUUUCUUUUGCUUGUGCUAGAAUAAAUGAUAAUAAGCAUGCAGUUGAAAUGUGCCUUUAAAUGCCCAAAGGAAAUAAAUCUAGGUAUAUGUAUACCACACA